UGGAGAGGCAAGUGGAGUGGAAGAGUGUCAAAAGAAAAAAGAGGUUACAACACCUCCUCAGCUCUCUUUCCCUUCUCCUGUCUGCUUUUCCUUCUUUCUCGUGUUGGCUCAGAAGAGGAGGAAGAGGAGGAAGAAGGGGGCUUAAAAAAUAUCUGAAGAAAAAAAGGUGCUUUUAGUGAAAGAAGAAGAAGAAGAAGAGGAGGCGGAGGUGAGCCUCAAGUCGAGCCGCACUGAAGAGUUGAGAAGAGCUUUCCUCCGUGGACCAAGGACCAGUAGAGCUCUAAGUCCAAACACCUGGACCCCCCUCCCCUCCCCGUGACUCCCACACUGGCUGGACUGGUCCCGGUGCUCGGUCCCACUCUCCUGCCCUCGCCUGCCCACACCUGUCCCGCUCCAAACAUGAUGAUGUACUUUUGGGGUAACCAAGAGGCCACCAACCCUCCUGAAGCGAUGGCCCAGCCCUACACCCCAGCUCAGUACCCGCCUCCCCCACAGAAUGGCAUCCCUGCAGAGUUUGCGGCACCGCACCCGCUCCCGACGCAGGACUACACCGGGCAGAGCCGGGUGCCCGAGCACGCCAUGACCCUGUACACGCCCACACAGACGCACAGCGAGCCGGCCGGCACUGACAACAGCACGCCCACCAUCACCGCCACCACGACCGCACCGGUCAGUGCCCUCCAUCACCUGCAAACACUGUUCUCAACAUGCAGUCAGCAAACAGAUGACGUGACGCAAACAGAGGGUUCUCAGCAGCUCCAGCUCCAGCACUCAGACUCCUCAGAGAAGCAGCAGCCAAAAAGGUUACACGUCUCCAACAUUCCUUUCCGCUUCCGGGACCCAGAUUUGAGGCAAAUGUUUGGGCAAUUUGGAAAGAUUUUAGAUGUGGAGAUUAUCUUUAAUGAGCGAGGAUCCAAGGGCUUUGGGUUUGUAACUUUUGAAACAAGCACAGACGCUGAUCGUGCACGGGAGAAACUAAAUGGUACAAUCGUAGAGGGACGCAAAAUCGAGGUGAACAAUGCAACCGCACGAGUGAUGACAAACAAAAAAGUGGCCAACCCUUACACAAACGGCUGGAAGCUGAACCCAGUGGUGGGAGCUGUCUAUGGUCCUGAACUGUAUGCCGUAACAGGGUUCCCCUACCCUGCCACAGGCGCUACGGUGGCCUACAGGGGUGCCCACUUGCGGGGAAGGGGACGAGCUGUUUACAACACGUUCCGCACGGCUCCACCACCUCCACCGAUCCCUGCUUAUGGAGCGGUGGUGUACCAAGAUGGCUUCUACGGAGCAGAGAUCUAUGGUGGCUAUGCAGCAUACAGAUUUGCCCAACCCACCACCACCGCUGCUUACAGUGACAGCUAUGGCAGAGUCUAUGCAACAGCAGACCCCUACCACCACACGAUUGGCCCUGCCGCCACAUACAGUGUGGGGACCAUGGGGAAUGUAACCCUGGAGGGUUGCGUUCAGGGACAACAUGGUGCAUAAGUACCGCCAAAGUAAAUACAAAACGAAGAGCUGUACUCAGUAUUGAUGGACAUCACAGAUGAAAACAACGAAGAGAGGAGAACUAGCUUUAAGAAAAUAACACAAGAAGAAGAUGAAAAGGAGUCCCUCUACUGAGGCUGGCGAGGGAAGACGGGAGGCGUACAAAGUGGCGCCACGGCAGUGGUGUCAAACCAGCCACAAACUUGACAGAUGGAGUGAGCCAGUUUCCACCAGGGACCACCUUUUUGCCGGGUAGAAAAAAAAAAAAAAAAAGACAGAGAGAAGGAAGUGUCCCGUUAUUAUAAAACAUUUUAUUUUUCUAUACUUUUGUGAUUUACAAUGGUAAAAAAAAAAAAGUGUGUAUAAAGCAGUAUAUAUGUACAAAUCUGUUUUUAUGUUUUUUGGUAAGGGAGAUGAACAGUUGGCCCUUGAUGCUGAUUCUGUGGUAUGCAGGAAGGAGGAGGGAGGAUGACCUCCCCAACCCCCGCCUCCUCUCUCUAUGGCACACUGCUCUGUCACAGAGGUCGUGUAAAAAAAAAAAAAAAAUGAAACGAAAGAAAAAAAAAAAAUUCACCAAGGUGGCAGGGAGAGCUCGGCAUCCAGGCAGAUGCACUUUCUACGCUGUACUUCCUGUAGGCGGAGUCUCACAGCUCCGCCUUCUUCCUUCCAACCUCCUUCCUUCCUUUUUUUUGGGGGGCGGGGGGGGCCGAUGAAGAUGAUGCCACCUCCACUUCCGCGCCUACUGUAAAGCAGCGUCCCCCCCCCUCCCCCCGUGGAUACUGUCGUGAUGUCACUUCCUUUUUUUUUUUUUGGCGGCACCAUUGGGCAUCCCCGCCCUCCCCAAUGGGCAGCGUCGCUAGUUUACAGCUUUGGGGAGUGGGGGGGGUGAGCCACGGCGGGACGGUGUACAGCCGAGCCUCCCCGUCUGCCCCUCUCCACGCCCCGGCAGAGGUCACUGACUUUCGGACUACUUAAGAGGGUAAAAAUGGCGCAAGAACCCACUGACUUUACUCACCUGCCAGACUCCGAGCCCAAGCCUUUGUGUCACUUUGCACCGACGGAUGAACUGUCAGACCAACACGAAAAACAAGGUGCGUACAACUACCAAGGAUGCACGUUUCCAUCCGACGAGAAUAACUCAUCCACAUCCAUGUAACAAAUUGAAUUAUAACCGAGUAAUCCCAUCGUACUACAUCAGCAGGUGCAUAACCAAAAGACAAGCCUGAGGCAUAUAGACUGUGUCGCUAGAUGAAACAUUAUAGAAAUACAGUAGUGCCCAUCCAACAGUAUCAAGGAACGAGGGCUGAAAUAUGUGAUUUCUUUUUGUCAAUGUAUUCUGAGAAUAUUUGUGUGUUUUUUUUUCAGCACUCAAAACUUUUGAACAGAAAAAAAAAAGAGUUUUAAUUUUAUGAAAGCAGAACCUUAAUUCUUUAUAUCAGGAGUCACUGUAAACGUGUUUAAUCAAGAAUGUUGGUUCAGUUUCUGAAUGUAGUCUAGGGUGUCCAAUAAGUAUGUAUUCUUUUUCUGUAUAUAAAUAUAUAUACAUAUCUAUUAUAUGGGCUGUGGUGAUGUCAGGGAAUAGAGGGGGUGGCAGGAAAGCCUCCGGACCCCCGAGCAUAGUUAUCAGAACCCCCCCACCCCCCUCCUCCCGCCCCCCCCUCAAACUAAAUAUGUCCCUGAUAUUUACUGUAACAUGUGAUCAUGUGCUAUAUGAUUGAAAGUGUGACGGUGAUGGUGUGAACUGAUCUCCCCUUGAAUCCCGACUUUUUUAACCCGCAAACACGCUGUGCAGUUUCCUCCCAGACCAACGACACAUGCUGGAUUACAGACCCCAUCAGAGCGAAGCGCCGUAGCCCGCUUUCCUUUCCGGAAGACAAAGGUUUACAUUCGCAGUAACUCUGACCCCUUCCACCGGAGCUGCAAAAGACUUCCUAAUUAGCGUUUUAAGGUGUUGUUGGUGUCGGAUAAAAAGUUUAUGAAUAUUGAUUUGUCUUUCUUACCAGAACCAAAGUAUGAUUUGAACACACAGGCUCAGUGCUCUUUGAUCAGGAGACAGCGGGACUCUGGGAAGACGGCGGAGCCCGGAUGCAUAUUGACGUGACCCAGAUUUCAUUCACUCAUCGCUACAGAGGAAGAGCUCGCUUUUAACGAGCUGUGCUGGAGGAGCCCGGCGCGCAGCUUCCUGUGGCGGCCUCGGUUUACCGACCGCUAGUCUCACGCUGACCCUGGUGGGCGGCAGCUGGUUUCUAACUGCAUAUUGGAUAUAACCUGCUGGCCCUCACCAGAAACUUUUACUUUUUCUUUUUUUUUAAACAGAGGUGAGCAGGUUGGGGUGAAGCACAACUUAGUUUGAGAGUUCAGGGUACGCUACUUGGUUAGUGAUGGAUUGUGAAGAAGGAUAUUAUAGAUUAAGCUCCAGACUUCCUGUACAAAACAACACAGUGUACUGUUAAUAUUCUGUACAGUAAAUCUCACCUCACACGUCUUGAUUAACUUCAUCUUCUUUCAGGUUAAAAAUAAGUGAAACAUAGACUCGUUCUGAAUCAGGGCUCCUAUCCACGCGACCUCUGUUCAUCUGUAGACAGCCUCCUAUAUAUUACAGAGUAUCUAUAUCAUGGCAACUAACUGUUGUGAAGUCUAAUUGGGGUAAAGUCGGUCAUUUGUCCCCCCCCUCAUACAGCUUUCAUCUGCAGAUUUAGCAUCUUCAUAAUUGUUGGUUUGUUUCUGAGAGUCAUCUAGAUUGUUCUGGCCUACUUAGAGCUCCGCAGACUCGAGGUGGGUCAAAAAAAACUCAUGAGCAGGUUGGAGUUUUAGUUUGCCGACAACUUCUAGGGAGCCAGAGAUAAAGAGCCACAGUUUGUCUCCUCUUCCUCCUCCUUCCUCUUUUUUUGUUUUGUCACAAAGUUGGAAUUUAUCCACUGAAUAAUCUAUGCAUACAGCAACAAAACACUUGAUGUCAUGUGUGAUAGGCACAUUUUCUGAAAGAACACUGUUGUGUACUUAUUCUAGUUAGCUACUAGCAGAUCAAAUCUGACGGGAUGAAGCUGGUAUUAUUAUUAUUAUUAUUAUUAUUACGUGUUUUAGUUUUGUCAACAAAUCGAAGAAAAAGUGAAAAAAAAUGUGUGUUUGUCUUCAGUACUCUCUGACUUAGUUACACUGUUUUUACAAACUAGAAAAAAACAAAAAAAAAACAAACAAAAAAGUGUAGUUUCUAGCAAAUGCUACUCCGAUAGUAAGUAAGCUCAAGUGCAUUUCUUGGGGACUAUUUUCAGCAGCGGAUGAAUUCACUAAAGGUGCUGUUGUGAGUUUUUUUUUUGUCAGUGGAUGUGAUAAAGGAACAUUUCUCCACCUGCAGCAGAUUUUGAUGUAUUUUUCUUUAGGGAACCAUCAAGCUCUCUGUAUCUGUUUGGGUUUGACUUAUUUUUAAAUCUGUUUUUAUUUUAUUUUUAUUUUUUGUUUCAAGUUGAAGGACACAGCAUUACUUUGAAGGAGUGAUGUCCAAAAAAAAAAAAAUAAGGCAUGUAUGAUAUCAAGCUGCCUCCGCUUCAGUUUAUGCAAACCACGAAAAAAAAAAGUUAACAAAUUUUUAAACUAAAGGUUUGAGCUCUGAAAAUAGCAACAUUUGCAGUAAAUUGUGCAAAAAUAAACGACCCAAUCUUCAUUUGUUUCUUGUAUUAAGUGUCGUAGAGGUAGGAAUAGGAAAUAGGGGCUGUGUGCAAUGUUGCCAUUCUAAGUAUUCUUCUGAUGUUUACCUUCAGCUCAUUUUUGAUCCACGGUUCACAGGUAAAACCGACACAAAAAAACAACCUAAACUGAACCAAUGACACUCGUCACCUCUUCUACAGUACUUGUUUCAAACAUAUAUGCAGCUUUGCAGCCAACUUUAAAGUGCAGGUUUUGUAAAAAAAUAAAUAAAAAAGCAAAACACAACUGAAGAGAAAAUAAAAGUUCAUGUAGAGGUGUGGUAAUGGAGAGUCCCACCAUGCUUAUUGCAGCUCUUAAUGCAUGAAGGUAUUUUGUUUUUAAAUUUAUUUUUUUCCACCUACCCACUACAGCUCCCAUGACCCUCCCUCCCCCGCUGACGGCGUGUAGCUGCCACAGCCAUCAUGUGAGCUGCAGUUGAACAAACUAAGAAAAAAAGUAUAAAAGAUGAAUUUUAUUGCCUUAGAAUUUUUAUCCAGUUGAUAUGAAAAUACUAAAUAGAUUUUAAAUGUAUAAAUGGAAGUAGUUAGGCGUUAGCAGUGGUGAGGUAGACCUUGAGAAGACACUGUUUUUAACCUUUUAGGGCCGCUUUGUUCCCACUGUGGUUGUUUGUCUCGGCUCGCCGGCGGACGCUCUGAACCCAAACGGCGUCCAGAGCGUUCCUGUUGAGAUAAAGGAAAAAAAAAGGCCGAUCUAAAACUCCAGCCUGCGUCGUAGCAGUGGGACGGAGCGGAGGGGGGGUGUGGGGUUCCAGCGACCCUCUCUUCCUUCCUUCAGAUGCCUUUAA